CUCCUCGUUUUGUCUCAGUCCAGCUGCUUGUGUCACGUGUCUGUCGGCUUCAGCACGAGGCUAAAGUGGUCGCACACUGGAUUUUCGCUUUCCUUGGAGAUAUUUGUGGGGUCGCGUCUCCAAAAGAAGAUGUACAAGCUGUGAGUCCUACUGUUUGUCUCUGUCACCUUAUUCUGGAGCUGCCCAAGGAUUCCUGCUGCCCUUUAUUCUACUCAUACGUCACUCUCCUCUGCUCUUACGUCACUGACUGUCCCACACUGACCUCAUCAACAUGGCCGGUUUAAACGAUCCCUACAUUGAAAUAUUUGAACAACCUCGACAGAGAGGGAUGAGAUACAGAUACAAAUGUGAAGGACGAUCCGCUGGGAGUAUUCUUGGUGAGCAGCUGAGAACAACAGGACAUACCCAUCCAUCAAGAUUAUGAAUUAUACUGGAAAGGGAUAGUAGGAUCACGCUUGUUACAAAAAAUGAACCCCACAAACCUCACCCCCAUGACUUGGUUGGCAAGGAUUGCCGGGAUGGAUAUUAUGAAUUAGAAUUUGGUUCAGAUCGCACAGUUUUGUGUUUUCAGAACUUGGGUAUUCAAUGUGUUCGUCGAAGAGAAGUCCGAGAGGCGAUCCAUGCACGAAUAUUCGCAAAUGAACCUUUCGGUGUGAGAGAAGAACAGCUGCUCACCAUUGAAGAUUACGACCUAAAUGUUGUGCGUCUGUGCCUCCAAGUCUUUCUUCCUGAUGAACAUGGCAACUACACCAGGGCUCUAACACCUGUUGUAUCCAACCCAAUAUACGAUAACCGGGCUCCCAACACCGCUGAGCUGAGGAUAUGCCGUGUCAACAAGAACUGUGGAAGUGUAAAUGGUGGAGAUGAAAUAUUCCUUCUGUGCGAUAAAGUUCAGAAAGAUGACAUAGAAGUCAGGUUUUUUACAGACAACUGGGAAGCCAAAGGGACAUUUGGACAAGCCGAUGUGCACCGUCAGGUAGCCAUUGUAUUCAAAACGCCCCCAUUUCUUCGAUCCAUCGCUGAUGCUGUGACAGUAAAAAUGCAACUUCGAAGGCCUUCUGACCAGGAGGUCAGUGAACCUAUGGAUUUUAGAUACCUACCUGACCCAGAAGACCCACAUGGAAACAAGUUCAAAAAGCAGAAGACCUCAGAAGUGAUGCAGAAGUUCAAAUUUGAAAUACAAGAGAGACGUGAACCAAUUCCUGGAAAAUUCAAUGUAAAUCCAAUUAAGAGAGAACAUUUUGCAACUUCAUCAGGGUGUGGACAACGUUUCCAUACAAUGCAGCCCACAACAAGGCCACCUAAUGUUGUUUAUAAUGACUGCACCUCAAACUUCAGCUCAAGUCUUUCUCAACUGGCUGUUUUGAACCCUCACGUGCAGACUAACAUGCACAGCACCAACAGCAGCGCCAUUAAUAAUAUCAUGGAAAGUUUGAGGGCAGUUCCAUCACAUCCAAACACUUACAAACUCCCAUUCAAUGAGCCCAAUCAGUCAAGACCUGAUGUAGCCACCAGCAACAGCAGCAAUAUGUUCAGACAGCCGUAUUUCAAUUUUAAUGUAGCCAGUAGCAGUGGGCAGGUUUCCAAUUGCCCUAGUGCCCCAUGUGACAUGAAUUUAUAUACAUCACCUGCAAAUCCUAUGGAUAUAGCGAGAUGGGUCAAUGACAACCAGUACAGUAAAUGCUCCCAGUAUCUCAAGUUUAUCGUGUAUGGUGUUCAGGCCAAUAGUAUGUUUAAUACACCAUUUAGUUACCACCCAGCAAUAAAUGAGCCAAGGCUACCAGACGCCAAUGUUGUGGCUCCGCACAGAACAUCUAUGGGCCAUGAAAUCUACUCAGACAUUGUACAAAGCGAUGACCAUUAUAUCAGUGUGGAAUCCGAACUUGAAAGCAUAUUGCAGAACUUUGGAAGUUCAAGUGAAAUGUUACAUGACUAGCGAUUGCUCACAAUCUGGCCUUUUAGUGCUAACUGUCACCUCCUUGAUAUGGGCCCAUAUUUGCUGUUUGGGUCAUUGAUACAGGGCCCCAAGUUUACCCUGAAGUCCAUAAUGCAGGGGCAGCAUUGUUGCAAAUUAUCAUGUGAGUAAUAGACUAUAAAUGUAACUGUAUCAUCUGCUGAUGAUCAUAAGGACCUUUUGUACUGUUUUUAAGUACC